GCACAGAGACGUUUCCCUCCAGCGGGGACGAGACAGCCGCAGGCGAAUCUGUUGCAGAAGGGGACUUGAAACGGCUCCCCGAGUUCAACCCCCCUUCUUUCAUGCCUUACGGGAACGUGGGCACCCCCCUGAAAGUUUUUCUGGAGCUGAUCCGGGCCUGCAGGCUGCCUCCCUGGAUUAUCAAGAAAUUGCAGCUGGAUUUUCCAAAGACAGGCUCAUCCCGUAGGUAUGGGAAUGUGCCUUUUGAAUACCAGGACACUGAGACAGUUAGAGAAGAAGAAAGAGUUUACACUGCUGCAGGGGAUGAGAUCACAGAGGAAGAGGAGCCUGUGGCAAGAUCUGAGGUGACUCACGCAGCCAGCGCUGAGGAAGACAAGGAGGGGCAGGAGAAGGAGGAAGAGGAGUCGCACUCGGAUGAUGACGAUGAUACCUGUGAGGAAUGGGAGCGACACGAGGCUCUGCACGAGGACGUGACCAAGCAGGACCGCACGGAGGAGCGGCUGUUUGAAGAGGAGAUCGAGCUGAAGUGGGAGAAAGGCGGCUCCGGCCUUGUCUUCUACACGGACGCUCAGUACUGGCAGGAGAAAAACGGAGACUUCGACGAGCAGACUGCGGAUGACUGGGAUGUGGACAUGAGCAUCUACUAUGACAAAGAUGGAGGUGAUAAGGAUGCUCGGGACUCGGUCCGGAUGUGGCUGGAGCAGCGACUCCGGGAUGGUUUGGAGGAUGGCUCCGUUUCCGGGCAACAGAUCGGCACCUUUGAGAGAUACACCAAGGGCUUUGGCAGGAAGGUGCUGGAGCAGCAGGGCUGGACGGAAGGGCUGGGGCUGGGCAGCAGCAACUCCGGAAUGGCUGAAGCUCUGGACAACAAGGGUCAGAACCCCAGAUGUAAGAGGGGGCUGGGGUACCACGGGGAGAAACUACCAACGUUCACCAAGGUGAAAAAGCCCCGGUGGGACGCUCCCAUCCUCAUCUCCACCAUCUAUGAUGAACCCGACCCACAGGACAGCGGUGACCAGCUGCUGAGACGCCAGCCACCCACUGCCAUGAAGUACAGGCGGGACAUGGUGUUUGUCCGGGCGUCCCAUGGUGCCCUGGAGAGCUCCGGUGCCCGGUGA